ACCACAGAUUGACGUAUUCAAGUAUUUCGGAACUUUGAAUGCCAUAUAAUGAUUUCUGUCAUUCUAUAGAUUUUUUUAAAAACAGUAUUGCACAAUCUCGAAAAUGGUAAAUGAAUGAAUUACCAAUUGAAAUAUCUGUCUGCUAAAUUUAGUCGCGUACAAAGAGCGUUCAUGAGAUAGCUAACGAAGCUUUCUCCAUAAUGCACAGUGGAUUCAUGCCGCAUCAUAACCAAUGACGUGGAUGUAGGUUAAGUUUUUCUUACGCUCAAAUAAAUCAAAUAGCUAAGUUCAGUGGCACAUCUCGAACGGCAGUCAAUUUAUAAAUAAUGUUCGAAGUCACGGACACGCAGAAAAUUGGGGUAGGAUUGGCAGCAUUUGGAAUUUCCUUCUUAUUCCUUGGCGUACUGUUACUCUUUGACAAGGGUUUACUUGCCAUAGGAAAUUUACUGUUUAUAUCCGGACUCGCAUGUGUCAUCGGGCCAUGGAGGACGUUAAAUUUCUUCUUUCAGAGGCAUAAGCUAAAAGGUAGUGCCUCAUUUUUAGGAGGAAUUAUCGUAGUACUUAUUGGCUGGCCCAUCAUAGGAAUGAUUUUAGAAAUCUAUGGCUUUGUAUUACUGUUCAGUGGUUUUCUACCAGUAGCGAUAAACUUCCUGCGAAGAGUACCUAUAUUGGGCACUCUACUAAACAUGCCAGGCAUCAGUCGAAUUUUGGAUAUAAUAGCAGGUGAUUCUAAUCGAACAACUGUAUGAUAAUAUAUACAUAUAAUAGAAGUAUCCACAUCUCUUUGCUUAAAACUUGUAUAUAAGGUGGUCAAAUGUCAUGCUCCAUAUUCUUUUUUUUUACCAUUCCUGUCCAAGAAUGUCACCUGUUAAAUUUUUGUACAAAAAUGUAAUAAUAAUUUAUGUCAUAUAUUAAUGUAAGAAAAUAUUAAUCCUAGUGUAAUAAGCCUAGCGUAAUCGAUUUGUAUGUUUCCAAUUUGUAAAAUAAUUUAGUAAUUUGCUGAUUUAUGCAUUGAUUAUGUCAAGGGUACACUAUUAUGUGAAACAUUCCACAAAAUUUUUUUCAUUAAAAGAAUAUCAAGAUGAAAUAAGUGAAAAUAAUAAAACUUCGGCUAAUUAAUAAUAUAAUUGUGUGAUAAUACAAAUCUAAUUAACACACGGUUCUUUAAUCUUUAACUAUUCCUUUUUUAGCAAAUACUAAAUAAGGUUAUUGCAAUGUAAUGGAGGAAAAUUAGGUCCAAUCGAGUAUAUAAGGAUGUUUUAUAAACUAUAUUGAAUAUAAAAAA